AAUCGGAGUUUUUUGGGAAACAAAUCUGCCCGUGAGUUGAAUUGUACAGAAAAAAGCAGCAAUUGUCGUGUGAAAGUGAGGGUGAAAGAGCCAGGAGGUGUUCCAUGAGUCAUCCUUGAUGCCAGUGUGUGUGCACAAGUGUCUGUUCUCGCUCUCUGUCCGCAAAUAGCACGAAGAAACAAGAGUGUUGCCGCAGUGGCGCGCAGUCCGAUGGAUCUCGUGGACAUCGACAAGGUGCUGGAUGACUUUGAGCUGAGUGACGACCGGAGUGGCGCCGCGGGCAGCAAUGGGGCGACGGAGGAGGAGCACUCCGGGAAGAGGGGCUUUAGCAAGCAGUUCGUCAACGUCUCCAGCGUCUUCUCCAGCCUCAAUGACUACGUGGGUGUGGAGAUUGCGGCCAAUUCCUCGCCGGAGGCAGAGAAGCUGACCGAGUCCGCGGUGGAGGAGCUGAAGGUCAACGGGGAGACUGCCAGUGAGUCCGUGGAGGAGGAGACGCUGGAGCGCAGUUCAGAGAUCGUGCUGUCGCUGACGACGACGUCCGACAGCUCGUCGGAUCUGUCGAAUCCGUCGAUCAACACGACGGAACUGAGCGAGGACGGCCUGAGCCUGGAGCCGGGCGCCAAAGUGUCCAACAUGUUGACACUGGAGUCCUCGUCAAUCUGCAUCGACAACGAGAUCUCUUCCUCGAUCUUGCCCAGUCGCAAUUUCGGCACGAAUCUCUCCACGCUGUCCAGGAUCACAGAGACUGAGGACAACUCGGCGCUGGGCGGGAGCGAUGAGAUGCCGCAAGAGGAAGAGGAGGAGGAGGUGAUAAUUCCCCGUGAGACUCCUCAGCCGCCGGUGAAUGUGCCCGUGGGUUUCGAGGAGACGAUGGACGACGUGUCAGACACGGAGCUGGAGAGCUAUCUGCAGGAGCUAGAGAAUGAGUCCAUUCGGGAGGCUGUGCCGGAGAAGGAGGAUUCUCCGCGUGUGGAUCAGCACGACAGUGUCUCUCAGGCAUCCACAGUUGAGAUCACGGACACGCGGAAGCGCAUUGAGGUGGACUUUGACGAGGAAUCCAACUCGAAUUCAUCCCUGUUGGAGGAGAAGGAGACUGAAGAGUUGGCCGAUGAGCCUACAACGUGUACUCUGUCCACGUCUGAAGUGGAGGUGCAUCAGAAUGACGUGACUCUGGACGCGCUGGAGCCGGAGGCGCAGGCGGAGGCAGAAGUGGAGUUGAGACAGCAAAGUGAGGUGGAAGAAGAAGUGGUUGAAGCGGUGGAGGAGGCGCCGCAAGCGAAGCCCCAGCGUCCGGACUCUCUGGACUUGUCGAUGGUGGCGAAUGUGGGCUUCGCCGGGCAGACGCCAACACACUCGCAACCACCUGAGGGCGCCGUGGGUGGCGAAGAGGAGGAGACCAUCACUGAGGCCUCCGCUCAAAUGUCCACGUCCAGUUCGGAUGACUUCAUGCCCAUGGCGCAGCCGCCGGCCGUGGAGAGUUCGGCCGAGCGGCGGCUGAGCACGUCCGGCCAGCAAUUGGGCAAGGUGGCGCCCUAUUGGGUGCCGGACAACGUCACGAACUUCUGCAUGCAGUGCAACCUGAAGUUCUCCCUGAUCAAGCGGCGGCACCACUGCCGCGCCUGCGGCCAGGUGCUCUGCUCCACGUGCUGCUCGCUAAAGGCGAAGCUGGAGUACCUCGGCGACGUGGAGGCGCGGAUAUGCAUCCAGUGCGAUGCGAUAAUGUCGCGCGAGGCCGCCGAGAUGAUCAUGAACAACAACACCGGCUGUCUCGCGCGCUCGCCCAAUCCCAACAACCCCAUGGAGUACUGCUCCACCAUUCCGCCGCACCAGCAAGUCUCGGGCACGCCGGCGGGCCCCAUCGCCGUGAUGGUGCCGGCGGGUGUGCUGAAGAAGGAAGGCGCGCCCAAUCGUGGCCGGAAGGACAAGAAUGUCAUCUUCAGUGACGGCAUUCGGCCGGGCUGUGAUCUCACAGAAUUGGACGGGGAUGAGUCUGAGGGACGCUCCAGGCGCAACGGCAAUUGGCGCGUGCAGACGCCGCCAGGACCCAGCAAACCACGCGCGACGCCGAACGUCAAGUUGCCAAUCAAGGACAAAGUCACCGGCUCGUACAUCCCGAAGGAGGAGAAUCUCCUGCCGCCUGUUUACAUCGCCACGAAGACGGACUUUCGCUUCGAGGACGUGGCGAACAAUGCCAGUCUCAUUGCCAGACUCAAGCAGGAGACCCUCAAGUUUGCCAUUCACCGCAACUUUCACGUGCAUCUGAAGAUCAUCGAUCUGUCCUGCUGCAUGAAUCGCACGGUGUUCAACUUCACCACGCACGGUCUGCGCUUCGUCGGCCAGGACGAGAUGAUCAUCCUGCUGGAAGUGGACGAGUCUGAGCAGGUGCCAAAGGACAUCUUUCUGCAUCUGUGCGAGAUCUACGCCGAGGCGGAUCGCGGUCAGACCAUCACGGAGCUGGGCUUCUCGCUGGCGUCGUCCAGCACGUUCUUGGGAUCGCGCGAGCACGGCGGCUUUCUCUACAUUCGUCCAACAUUCCAGUGUCUUCAGGGCGUGUGCCUGCCGGAACCGCCCUACCUCAUCGGCCUGCUAAUCCACAAGUGGGAAGUGCCGUGGGCCAGGCUGUUCCCGCUGCGUCUGCAGCUACGCCUCGGCGCAUACUAUCGCUACUACCCCAGCCCGCACGUGUCCUUCCGCGGCAGGGAGAGCGUCUACACCGAGAUCUCCGACACGAUCAUCAAUUUCCUGGCGGACUUUCGUACUUACUCCUACACGCUGUCCUCCAUCCGCGGCCUGCUGAUACACAUGGAGGAGGGCCACACGACGGUGAUGAUACCGCGCAAUCGGUACGAUCAGGUGGUGAAGGCGAUCAACAACUCCAGCGACAACAUCCUGGCCAUCGGCGGCAACUUCUCCCGCAAGGCCGACGGGCAUCUGGUGUGCAUUCAGAACACGGAUGCCGACAGUGGCCAGCUGCACGCGUACUCCACGCAGGCCAUCAACAUCGAGGGCCACGCGCGCAACGUGACAGGCGCCAGCUUUCUGGUGCUGAACGGCGCGCUGAAGAGUACGAGCGGCCUCACGGGCAAAUGCAGCAUCGUGGAGGACGGGCUGAUGGUGCAGAUCCUGCCGGCGAAGAUGGAGACGGUGCGGGCGGCGCUCAAGAACAUGAAGGAUGUGACAAUCGUGUGCGGAGCAGUUGAUGCUGAGCCCAGUCAGACGGAGAAUGUCAAUAUUGUGUGGACGGACAAUGAUUUGGAGUUCAAUGUUGGUGUUGUUUCGCCGAUUGACAACAAGAAAAUGGACGGAAUUCCGAGUAUUCGAGUGCACAAAGGACAGGAUUUCUCCAGUAGUAAUCACAUAAUUCGCUGGACGGAGGUUUUCAUCCUCAAAGUUGAAGACGAUUCGUCGCAUUCUUCUGUGAACAUCCCAAAAGUGUCAGAACAGAUUGCUCAAAGCACUGCAGUGGCUCUUGUUUCAUUUCUCGAUUUGCUGGCGGCCAAUGGACUGCGGAGAAUUGGACUGAGAACGACGCUGGAUCAAGAGACGGUCUGCUACGAAGCGGGAAGUCAUCAGCAGAAGCUGCCGCCGCUUUACAUGGACGUCCUGGAUAAUGAGCUUAUUCCCACAUUGCAUAGACAAGUGACGAAUCUGCAGAUUGACAAUCCCAUCAUUGUCGAGCUGAUCUUUGACAUUCUAGACAAGUGAUUUCCGCAUGAUAUCAAUUGAGGCGCCGGGUUGGAUGCUCAGUGUGCAAUUAGAAGGAAUCGUGGGUCGCUACUUUCCCAAUUUUGCAAAGAGUUAACACACGGUGAAAGUAUCGACGAUGCGGUGCGAUUUGCAAGGGUCGCACGUUAAAAUCGUAGGAGUAAAACGUGAAUUUAAGGGUAGGAGAGAAGAGAGGAGAACAAUUUGUAUGACUUUGUAUAUAAAUGAAACAUGAAUUAUUGAUAUGUUGUGUAAGAUUGUUAUAUUGGAUGAGAAAUGGAAUGGAGGAGAGCAUUUUAUGGAUGAAUAAAA